UACUCGGUGGAAACAGGGCUCUAUUCUUGUUACUUCUGUUGUGAUGAAAGGUGUUGCCUGUGCAGGAAACAGAAUGUGGGAACAUGCGUCAGAUUCUAAAGCCAUGCAAACUAUUCAUGGAAUAUUGUUUGCAUAUUUGAAAUACUGUUUCUUUUUUUUAUUUCCUCCUCUUUGAAUGCAUCGUGGGAAAUCACCUUGCUCCUCUGACUGACUGACACAGUUGCCAUCCUCACUGGCUCAGUGCACAACGUUCAGCUUCUCUGUCAGCAAGUCUGCAGCAUGGAACAACUCAACUCCUCUGUGGUCACUUCUAACAUCUCCUCUCCUGGACAUCCACCUCCUGCCUCCUGGGACUCCAGCGGUCUGGUCCCUGUGGUGGUGCUGUCUGUCUGCUUCCUGCUGGGAGUUCCUGGAAACAUCGCUGUGAUCAUCCUCAGACCAAACUGGGAGAACAUGUCCAGUCUGAGCCAGAUUCUGAUGCUGAAUUUGGCCAUAUCAGACCUGCUCUGCCUGAUCAUCCUGCCCGUGUGGAUUUACACUCUACUGUACAGCUGGAAACUUGGUCUGGUGGCCUGUAAGCUCCUGAUGUAUCUCAUAUACUGCAGCAUUUAUAGUAGCAUGCUGACUGUGACGGUCCUGAGUGUCCAGCGCUACCUCCAGGUGGUGCGCCUACAGACGUUUUUAGAUCAGCGAGGAAGGAGGAGGCUGGUGGUUCUGCUCUGGCUGGUUGCAAUGAUCCUGUCCAUCUCUCGUUUAGUGGUUCUGCAGCUGACCACAGAUCAGCACUGGACAAACUGUCAAUCUAGCUUCUCUUCUGAGGCCCAGCAGGUGGCCGUGCAACUGACAGAGACCCUGAUAGGAUUUAUUUCAAUUUCUGUUGUGGCAUUUUCAUACAUCAGCCUUUACAGAAAAGUGGACCAGGCAGCUUUCUUCAACAACCCACAGAUGACCCGGCUGGUCACAAGUAUCAUCGUGACCUUUUUUUUCUUUUGGAUGCCAUAUUAUAUCAUAAAUGUGCUCGGUGUGGCAGCUGUUUCAUUCAAGAUUGAGAGCCUGAUGAAGUUUUUUGUGGACAGCAGGAACAUUGCUGCAGCACUGACAUUUGUGAAUAGCUGCCUGAAUCCACUCCUUUAUGCUUUUGCUUCUAGAAACAUGUGCACAGUGUGCCAAACAAGGGAACAUUAAUGCUGGUUUUAAAGCAGAAGCUCACCUUUCCUGGAAAUCUGAUCAUUUGAUGUAGUAUGACUUGAUGAAAAGUCAAAGAAAGACACCUGGAGGAGCUGAGGAUGAGACUUUUCAGGAAACUUUGAACAGUUGUAGAAGUGAAGGUUCAGGUGAAAGAGGACAAAGUGAAGGAAACAAGAUGCUGUGGGGAAAAUUGAUAUCCUACAUUACAUGUGAAAGCAUGUGUGCACAUAUAUACAGGCUAUGUUGUUUCAUUACCGACAUAAACAAACAUUAUGAGUGAGGUUGAAUGUGAAACAAAUCAUCAUUGUGUGAAAAAUGCUUUAACUUUGACAUCAUGUUUAAUAAAUACUGUUAUUGAAUGGAAUUGACUGUAUUUGAAUAUGUG